AAUCCAGUACCCAGAGGCCGCAACUCGCAUCGUCGCCAUCGUCGCCUGCCGCCAGCGAAAAAAUUAAUCGUUUCGUGUACGGAAUUGGAUUCAGUGAAAUAACGCCGCAAAACUACCUUUGAUCCGCCUCAAAAUGGACAUCCGCCCGAGUCACACGAUUUACAUCAAUAAUCUUAAUGAGAAAAUUAAAAAAGAAGAAUUGAAAAAGUCGCUUUACGCCAUCUUCUCCCAGUUUGGUCAGAUUCUCGAUAUUGUCGCUCUGAAAACGCUGAAGAUGCGGGGUCAAGCAUUUAUAAUCUUCAAGGAGAUCGGAAGCUCCACCAAUGCGAUGCGAACGAUGCAAGGAUUUCCUUUCUACGAUAAACCGAUGCGCAUCAAUUACUCCAAAACCGACAGUGACGUGAUCGCCAAAAUGAAGGGCACCUUUAAAGAGCGACCGAAGAAAGCUAGAGCCCCCAAGCCGGUUCACCAGGAGGACAAGAAAUCCAAGAAGCAGAAGAAUACUGACGCUGGUGCUGCGGCAAACAAUUCUGCCACGGCGGAACAACCCCCUAACCAGAUUCUUUUCCUCACCAACCUGCCGGAGGAAACCAACGAGAUGAUGCUGUCCAUGUUGUUCAAUCAGUUCCCGGGCUUCAAGGAAGUGCGUCUGGUGCCUAACCGGCACGAUAUCGCUUUCGUGGAGUUUGCGACUGAGCUGCAGAGCGGUGCUGCCCGGGAGGCCCUGCAGGGUUUCAAGAUUACACCGACGCACGCGAUGAAAAUCUCGUUCGCCAAGAAGUAGGGCGACCUUAGGGCAAUAGGAUUUUUAAUUUUACCGGAUCUGGUAUGUAUGCAACUCGGAACCGUGCAUUAUGGAAUCAAUAAACCAUGCAAAAAGCAUUGCACUCCGCUUUCAUGGUUUGUGGGCGCGGUUGGGCGAUGGCUUCUUUUUGUGAAGUA